AUGGCUACAUCACCGCAGCAACCUGUUCAGCAAUUUGGACAGCCACAAGGUCAMUGGUAUCCUAAGACCCCAAUGAAACCACCUCUUGCCUUCUCAGGCGAGGGAAAGGGCGAAGAACUCAACACAUGGUUGAGAACAGUCCCGGUUUGGGUGAAGGCCAAGAGGACCUUGCUAGAGGACGAAGUGGUUACUGCGGCAUCUUACCUCGAAGGUAAGGCAGCCAAGUGGUUAGACGGAGUAGUUAUAAAAGCCGGGUAUGGGCGACGCAUGGCAGAUUGGGCUAAGUCUUUAACUCUAGACCAAUUCAUGGAGACGGUAGAAGCUCGAUGGCAUAACCCACAGGAGGCUCAAAAGGCCAUUGAUGCCAUUAACAAACUGGACCAACGAAAGUUCCGGUCARUUAGAGAGCUUACGACUACCGUUGAGAGCCUCAUCCUCGUCCCAGRCAUUAACUACAGCGACCAGUUCCUGUUGACUACGUUUGUCAGAUGUCUCCCAGAGAACAUUAGGAACUUGCUAGCCAGUGAAGCACGCACCGAGUACCACUYGUUUGAGACAUUGUCUAGGAAAGCCUUAGACUUAGAGGCCACACUAGGCAAUGCUCAACCCACCUCAGGGAAUGACUCAAAGAAGAAGAAGAGUCAUCAGGAGUUGAAAAGAAGGGGGCGGAAGUUGAUGAUGGUUGAGCCCGAUGGGACCCAAACUGAGAUCGAUGAACUCUCUUACCUGGUGGACUACUCAGAGUAUGACGGCGAGGAAGUAGCUGAGGGUGGCACCCUCGCCGCGGUAGUAAAGACUAAGGCAGGUGGCCGAGGGAAGGGCCAACCAMGGAGUCAAGGGAAGGCCGCCUCCAAUCAGUCCAAGCAGGCCGAGUGGGUGAAAGUAGGUCUUGACCAAGACGUGUGGCGUGACCGCCGAUCGCGUGGCGCUUGUAUCAACUGCGGUGAAUACGGACACACGCAGUGGAAGUGUCCGAACGCGAAGGUUACGCAAAAGGUUGCGCCAAAAGUUGGGACAACUAUUUCCCAGGCUUCUAGCUCGGGAAACGCGUAGGGCCAGUGRAAGUAAUAGCGGCUUCUACUCAAGAUGAAGUGGGAAUGAUACCCUCCUCACUUCAUGACAAGGCCGAAGCUAAUGACUCCUUAGCUACCCCGCAGACGGAUCUAGACCAAACAAUGCUYUGUACGUUAGAUGUGUCUGAGGCCUUAGAAGACUUAGAAGGCGAGUGGUCAAACAAAGACCCUCGCGAGUC